AUUAGUCUCUCUCCUCACGCCUUACGCGCUCGCUACCUCCCUCUCUCUCGCAGACGACAGAGGACAAGCUCCUCCUCUCUUCGAUUCUUCUUCUCAAAGAACAGAAACAUCGUCGUAGUUCGAAGAACUUACAAGAAAUCAAGCGAGGAUGUCGUGGCAAACUUAUGUUGAUGACCAUCUGAUGUGCGACAUCGAUGGUUCUGGUAGUCAUCUCACUCACUCUGCGAUCAUCGGUCACGACGGCAGCGUUUGGGCCCAAAGCCCCGCUUUCCCUCAGUUUAAGCCUGAAGAAAUUACUGGCAUUAUGAACGACUUUGCUGAACCUGGAACGCUUGCUCCAACUGGCUUAUUCCUUGGUGGCACAAAGUAUAUGGUGAUUCAAGGUGAAGCUGGGGCUGUCAUUCGAGGGAAGAAGGGCUCUGGUGGUAUUACUGUAAAGAAAACCAGUCAGGCUAUGAUCAUUGGAAUCUAUGAUGAACCAGUCACCCCAGGCCAGUGCAACAUGAUUGUUGAGAGGCUUGGUGAUUAUCUCAUUGAUCAGGGUCUUUAGUUGCUUUGAGAAAUAAUAUUUACAUAGUUUGGGGUCAUGGAGCUGUGUGUUGGCACAAAAGUAUGUGAGGCUUGGAAGGUGAUAGAUAAUGAUCUCUUCCCUAUUUUUAGCUGUUUCUGGCUCUGUAUUUUCCCUGUAAAAAUGGAAGGGAUUAAGAUGAUUUUCGAGUGAGAAUGUGACUUGCUAUCUAUCUGUGGAAGCUGUCUAUUAAGGAUUUUUUUGGGUUUCGACUGGUGGAUGUAUUUGAUUUGAUCCUUAUUCUCAUGUUUAUGCUGCUGUGUGUAUGUUCCUAAAUUCAGUUCACUAGUGAUUGUUGCCUGGUGUCU